AUACUGCCUUCACCUAAGUUUAAAUCUGGAAUCCGAGGAGUGAUCAUUGACUGUUCUCUGGCUGAUCCAGGGGAGUUGAAACAACACAUGUCUGCACUGCUAGAUGGCGGCAUUGCGCUUUCACAUAAAGUGGAACCUUCGCGGAACUGCGGAGUGUUGUUGGGGACACCUUAAAACAACGGACACGUUUACAGUAAACAUCAGUGUUUGUGACUGGUCCAACAUGAACGUAAAUCAGGGCACUGUGGGCAGUGACCCAGUCAUUUUGGCCACGGCUGGAUAUGACCACACUGUCCGCUUCUGGCAGGCCCACAGCGGUAUCUGUACUAGAACAGUCCAACAUCAGGACUCUCAAGUCAAUUCACUUGAAGUCACACCAGACAGAAGCAUGAUUGCAGCUGCAGGUUAUCAACACAUCCGCAUGUAUGACCUGAACUCCAACAACCCAAACCCAGUAAUCAACUAUGAUGGAGUGAGUAAAAACAUCACGUCUGUGGGCUUCCAUGAAGAUGGACGUUGGAUGUACACAGGAGGAGAGGACUGCAUGGCUCGUAUAUGGGACUUGAGGUCAAGAAACCUGCAGUGUCAAAGAAUUUUCCAAGUCAAUGCACCAAUCAACUGUGUGUGUCUGCAUCCCAACCAAGCAGAACUAAUUGUUGGAGACCAAAGUGGAGUGAUCCACAUAUGGGAUCUCAAAACUGAUCACAACGAACAGCUGAUCCCUGAACCAGAGGUCUCAGUUAAUGCGGUUCACAUCGACCCAGACGCCAGUUACAUGGCAGCAGUCAACAGUUCAGGAAACUGUUAUGUUUGGAACCUGGCUGGAGGCAUGGGAGACGAAGUGACUCAGCUCAUUCCCAAAACUAAGAUCCCAGCACACAAACGUUACUCCCUCCGCUGCAAAUUUAGUCCCGACUCGACACUGUUGGCCACAUGCUCCGCAGACCAGACCUGUAAGAUCUGGAGAACGUCCAACUUCUCCCUCAUGACUGAACUGAGCAUCAAAAGCAACAAUCCUGGAGAGACAUCCAGAGGCUGGAUGUGGGACUGCGCUUUCUCUGGAGACUCCCAAUAUAUUGUAACUGCAUCUUCUGAUAACCUUGCUCGUCUGUGGUGUGUGGAAACUGGUGAGAUAAAGAGAGAAUACAGUGGCCAUCAGAAGGCUGUAGUUUGUCUGGCUUUCAAUGACAGUGUCCUGGGCUGAGCAGGAAGAGGAGGUGGAGGAGAACCAAGUGGAAAUAGCAACUAAUGACUAAUAACUUCUGAGUAGGGGGAGUGAGAACUCUGUGAAAGGUCUGGGUUUCUUCACUGAUGAUGGGUGCUACUCAUACAUUUUGAAGGAACAGGCUUGUUUGAACACAUAUCUACACGUACUUGAAGGACGUGUUCUGUAUUUGUUCAUCAGCUCCCCUUCAGGCUUUUUGACUUAUUUUUGUUUGUUUGCCUCGGGGUUUGCCUGUAUUUAUUUGUAUCCUUUCGACCAGAUGGAUCAUUACCUUCAAGCUGAAAAGUCUUUCUGUAAUAUGAACAUUCACUAAAAUACUUUUUAUUUGAAGUA